AUGGACCACGUACCGACGCUCUGUGCCAUUGGCACGGUGGGGAUUGCAGCCACGGGCUUUGCGCUGGGUCAUCCAGGACAGGAUAACCAGACAACACCAAAAUCGAAGGGGAUGAGCUCCAGACACGCUCGAGCUUCCGUGGGUUCACUGCCGCUGGGAAUGGUGUCGCCGACUCGAAGCCCUUGCUCCGUGCCUUCGUCGCCAUACUACACAGAACCAGCCAGACGCAACGCCCCGUUUAAUGUCGCCGCUUUCGAUUCUGAGAAAAGCACGGUCGAUCUGGAUAGGCACCGCUCAAGCAAUUUCAGUGCAGCGAAGGAACUGAUAUCCGGAGGCGCGAGACGUCGCCGUCGACAGACCUAUACUGGUCCUCCUGUCGGGGGUCUGCAGGAAUCAUCUACGGACAUCAACAACGGGCGCCCUUCUUCCUCGUGGAUACGGCGACUGUCAGUUAUGUCGACGAAGACUGAAGAUCAGAUACUCAGUUCCAGGCCUAUGUCGCCUUUGAUGAACGAACCGAGCACUCCCACAUCUCCGCUAUCCCCCACCCAGCGUAGGGAGUCGAACAAGUUAGUCAAGCGCUCAACGUCCCAACAUGUGAUCUCCGGCCGUCCAGAGUCCUCAAGGUCGACGUUCUGUGGCAGCGCAUUGCGUAGACCUGCCACAAGUUACCAGAGAUCUGCGCACCUGAGGCAGCAAUCGAUCCUUGGCGGAGAGUCGGAAUCUACGAUUAGCUAUGGCCGUCGUCACAGUGAGAUGCGAUACGACGUGAUCAACGAACGAACAGAAGUUACAUGGAGGCCUUAUUUCACUUCAUUUCCUGAUAAAACCUUUGAAAAGCUCACUUCAAAAAGCUCGCCGCGCAGACGCCAAGAUCAUACUGUACGACGAGUGGUAGCCGACUCAGAUGUCCCACCUACCCUGCUGCUAGGCUCCUCAGUGACACAUCCAGACCAUGCAAAUGGGAGAUGCCGUUCUUCUUCACAUCCACCUCAGUUUAUUAAUCCCUUCCAGUCUUCAGAAGCGCAUCCAGAAGACGCGGCCUCCCCGACUGUUCGCCAGAGGCGGAAGUCCAAGCAAUCAUUUACCUUUAAUGGAUUCGCUGCUGGGAACUCUCUGGCGUCUUGGGCAACUCGCAAACGGAGCAGCCUUCGCAGAGGUCGGAGUGGCUCUCUUCCUCAGGGAGAAGUGCGAGCGUAUUCGACGCUGCUAGAAAGACAGCCAGAACCCGUCCGGCCAGGUACUUCAGCCCUGCCGCAUAGAAGAAAGGACGUUAUGGACCCCUCUCUUUUCCGGCGACCUGUCACUAUGUCACAGGCAGAUCCGCCCUCCUUCACGAUGACAGGCCUUGCUCGACCCCCAGGAACCUUCAGUUCGAAUAUCCCACCAGACACCCUACCAGAAUCUAAUAUGGAUGCAGCACGAGAGGGUACUGCUUCUCCCACAGAGGCUAGGCCAUCUCCACAAUUCUCCAAACCCACAGAGUUAUCGUCCCCUACCAUCCAGCAAACACGCGGAAAAAGACAUUCGUCCGGUGUUUCUGAACCGCCCUCCACUGUGCUAGGAUCCGAUGAUCGCAUCUUCACUUCUGGAGAAGAAGAUGAAACCGACUUCCAGAGUGACACCGCCUUCGAUUCCUUCCGCACUCAUGACACUACUAGCACCACUUCCUGUACUCGUGGUCCUUGUAUUGAAACGCUCUUUGACAAAGCAGAUAUGGCUCCGUGUGGCCCAUUCUCAGCCAGGCUAUCGAAUCCGUUCCCCAGGAUAUCCGAGAGUGAUGCAGGUUCUAUCCAUCUAUCUCAUGCACCUCCAUUGGAUGACAAGAUCACUUCCGUUCCAUCAGUCAAAGAGGUUCCAGGACACCGGUCCAGUUCAUCAACGGAUUCAUCGCAGCAGAGUAUGAACUCGUCCUGUCAGGACGAAUCCCGCUAUGGCUCUCUCUCCAACGGAGCGAAAGAUGCCGAACUGGACAGAUCGAGAGAGUCAUCUGGGACAUAUUCAACAGCUUCCAUCCAAGAAGACUUCCGCAAACCGGUCAAGAAAAAGUCAGAUUUGGGGACUAGGGUCAGCCUUUUCGACUGGUCUGAGCAGCCGUGGAAUGAUCGCGAUUUCCAAGAUGUUGAAUUUCGGCCACGCACAGUACAUGGUAAACAGGGCACUGACACGAGAGGUAGUCGCACUACAGGUCGUAGAGGGCCAAGUGCUUUACACCUGCGGAGCCAAAGUGUUCCUGUUUCGAGAGAACCAGCAUUCUCCACUGACUCAAGGCAGUCAUCCGUGAAAUUCGGCACAUGGGGUCUUGGAAGCAAAGGCGUCACAGAGGACUGGGACGGUGAUUUUGAAUUUGAUGACUCUGAUGGACAGUCCAUAGAUGAUGACACGAAAGCUGUUACCGUUAAUCGCCAGCGGGGAAUGAAAGUACCAAAGGCUAUCAUGGACCGUCAAGCGAGCGUCCAAGGUCAAUUUGGUCAGGUACAGGAGUUAACGCUGCUCGUUGAGGAACUCAAGCGAUUGCGUCUGCACGCUAAUCUCUUGCAAAUAACGCAAGGGCCUUCAAAUGAGCUGUGGAAAGAAGCAGAAGGCAUCAUCAACCUAGCGACACUCGACGAUGAUGACACCGCCUCUUUUCCAGAUACUCCGCCGACCACAAGUUACGGGUUUGACGACUUCGAUGUUGAGGCCGCAAGCGGUAGUCCCGAAAUGUCCUUGUCGCGCUCUUUGCCAACAACCUCAUAUCUAUCCUCUCAUUCUUCUAAGGACCCUUCGAACGCAAAGUCCAUACUUGAGACUAUUUAUCAACAACGCGGCACACCGGAACUGCUUGGCGGCGACGGUCAGCCACGUAAGUUACCCUUCGACACGGACUCUCUCCGAGAUCUUGUGGCGCGGGCAGGAGUAGUCACCCGCGCUUUGAAGGACGCAAUCCGCGAAGCAGAGGGUGUGGCCGCGACGUCGGGAAAUGGACAGCCUCCAGACCCUGCAUUUAGCCGGAUCUUCGAUCACCCCGUACCUGAAAUUUCCCAUCUUCAGCUGGUUGAGAGGACCUGA